AUUUCUUUUUGUGCGCGCGCAGUGCAGCAGUGAUACUUGGUUGAACGGUGUUAUUUUUAUUUAGACUGAAGCUGCUUGAUGCAUGCACCUGUCCUGUUGUUCAUUUAAUCAGUUUACAUAUUUUGCUUCAUUGUAUCUAGACUAAAGCCGGCCACUGAAGCCCAGGAAUGAAUACACCACCAUCAAGAGGUUUAGAUUGGAAAGAGAUACAUGUAGAUGAAGAGGAGGAAGAUGAUGAAAACUGGGCAAUGCCCGCUUCAACCCUCCCAGGUCAGGCAGGUCAUUUUACCUCUCCUCUUUCAGUGCCAAGCAGCCAUCAAAUCAUUUCUGGAAAUAAAGAUUUGCAGUUAGACAACAGCAGGGUUUCAAGCAUGGACCUAAAUACAAAUAAGGCUGGCAUGGAAGGCCUAGACAAGGAGAAGAUCAAUAAAAUAAUCAUGGAAGCAUCAAAAGGUUCAAGGUUCUAUGACAAUCAAAAGAAGAGAGAGAAGCAGACAACAGAAAGAAUCAACAAAAUGAUGGAGAAGCUUGCUCAGCUGACAGAAUCUGAAAAACAAGCUGCUUUGACUCAGGUUGAUGAGAUGGUAAGAGACUUGGAGCUGAGCAGAGAUUUGAGCAGGAUCAUCGUUCAUCUUGAUAUGGACAUGUUCUAUGCCGCUGUUGAGAUGAGAGAUGACCCUGAGCUACAGGAGAAACCCAUGGCAGUUGGAGGCAUGGGUAUGCUGUCUACUUCAAAUUACAAGGCUAGACGGUUUGGGGUGCGUGCUGCCAUGCCUGGGUUUAUUGGGAAGAAGCUGUGUCCAGAGUUGGUACUUGUUCCACCCCAUUUUGAUAAGUAUCGUGCUGUCAGCAAACAAGUGAGAGAGAUCCUGGCAGAAUAUGAUCCAAACUUCUGUCCCAUGAGCCUAGAUGAAGCGUACUUUGACCUGACAGAAUAUCUUGAAAGAAGACGGAGAAUGAGUGCUGAAGAGAGAACCUACCUUUACUGUUCAGCUGAAGACCAUGGUCAGGUGGAGGAUGAGAAGAAGAGUACUUCUGAUAAAGCCGCUAACAACGUGAGCAUCCAAGAAAGAACAAGUGAUGAAGAUGGUUAUGGCUCUUCUGGAGAUUAUCAACACCAAUCAAGCAGUGGUGUAGAUCGAUCUCUGUUCACCUCAGUCUCCAAAAAGCAAGGAGAAGUGACUUCUGGGAAAGUACUUAGUGUUCCAGCAGAGAUUCAAGUGAAAUCUCCUCGUCGUCAUGGAAACACAAAUAAUGCAAGUAGCCUAGAAGAUUCUAGAUCAGAAGCAGAAUGGGAUGAGCAACCAGAGCAGGAUGUGGAGGAUGAAGAUAAUACAUGUGGGACUAAGAGACAAGAUGGCAGGUUUGAAACAUUUGGAGUAACCUGUGAAGAGGUGGUGAGAGAGAUACGAUUCAGAAUUGAACAGAAGACCAAGCUAACUGCAAGUGCAGGUAUUGCACCCAACUGCAUGCUGGCGAAGAUCUGCUCAGACAAGAACAAGCCUAAUGGACAGUACAGAAUACAACCAUCCAGAGAAGAUGUUAUGGAUUUCAUCAGGGAUCUAUCCAUUAGAAAGAUAUCUGGUAUUGGCAAGGUAACAGAGAGGAUGCUGAGUGCUCUCGGAAUUCAGACCUGUACUGAUCUCUACCAGCAGAGGGCUCUCUCCUAUCUUCUCUUCUCCCAGACAUCAUCCAGUCAUUUUCUUCACAUCAGUCUUGGUCUGGGCUCUACACACGUUGAGAGGGAUGGUGAGAGGAAGAGCAUGAGUACAGAGCGAACAUUUAAGGAAAUCAGCAUACCUAGUGAGCUUUACAGUAAAUGUAUGGAGCUUUGUGAAGCACUGGCUGAGGAUCUUAAAAAAGAACAGAUUCAGGGCAAGACAGUGACAGUCAAACUAAAGACAGUCAAUUUUGAGGUGAAGAGCAGAGCCUCAUCGCUAAAGGUCCCUGUACGCUCAUCCCAGGAAAUCUUUGCUAUUGCUAGAGAUCUGAUCAGGACAGAGAUCAGAGCUUGUCAUCCCCAGCCUCUCAGAUUGAGACUGAUGGGAGUGAGGCUGUCAUCAUUUCAAGAUGCAAGCAAAUUAUCCAGGAGCAGACAAGGAACCAUUCUUGACAUGUUUGCUAAGAAGCAGAGCAAUAAUCCACAACCUGUCACUACACCUACACCAGACUGCACAGAGCCCACCAUGGGUUUGCUGGAAGAAAGCACUUCAAACAACAGCUUUAGUGGCAGUGUUGGCACUCCAGGGGAAGUGAGUGAUGUGUCUAGAAUUCAGGUUUUAGUACCCAACACCAAGGUAUCAGCACCCGACACUGAGAUAUUAACAUCCGACACUGAAGAUGGUGUUGGUGUUAGUUUUGAUAACAAGGAACGUGUAGAGAAAAAGGAUGUUGUUUCAGGAUCAAAGAAAGCACCUGAGGCCAGGGAUUCUACACAAUCAGCAGUUGGUGUUGGUGUUAGUGUAAACAGGGUGGAUAGGUCAGUGUCAUCUGAUACUGAACUGUCUUCUGAACAAACCUUUGAGAGUGCUAUCACAGCAGCUAAUGUAAGAACGUCUAUGACUAUAAGCAACCCACACCAUAGUCAGAGUCAUUUAGAGCCUCGGCUGCCAUUCUGCGAAGACGAUUUUGUUUCAGGAAGAGAGAAUGAGCAUUCAUCAAUUGCUGACAGGGAAGAACAUACAAAGCAAUUGUAUCAUCCAGAAUUGCUUUCCAAGUCAGAGAUUUUUAAUCAAGAAAAUAAUCAAAGAGUGGACAAAUUGCUGAAGAUGAACUCACAUGCUAAAUCUGAUGAAUAUGGUUCAGAGUGUACUAGCAGUGUGGAAGCUGAAGCACAACGGAUGCUGACAUGUCCCAUCUGUAGGCAGGAGAGAGCGUACUCCACCCUUGAGGGCUUGAAUCAACAUAUAGAUGCGUGCCUCAACAAGUCGGCCAUCAAAGAAAUGCUCCACAGAGAUAAGUCAAGAAGUUUUUCUAGCAGUAACAAUCAGCUUACAAAGAGCGGUCCAAAGAAGCUACAUUCAAGAAAAAGGAGUAAUUCUGGUUCAGGGUCAAGUUCCAGCAAGAAAAAGAGAUCCAAGUCCACACCAUGCAGAACAUUAUAUGACUUCUUCCAGAAAAAAGAUAACCAUUGAUCGAUGGAACACGGAUGUACACGGUACAGCCUUGUUUAUUGUGAAUAUUUGUGAACACUUUUCAAGUGUAAAUGUUUGAUUAUGUAUUGAACAGAAAGAAUUACAAGUGAUAUUUAUACAAGAUCAAAUCAUGCAACUCAUUAGCACUUACCGGUAUGCAUUAUUUUGAUGAUCAAAUUAUUACAUAGUAUACUUGUAGGUGCGUUUUGUAUGAUCAAUUGUGCAUAUUACAUUAAUGUGAAUGAUUGUUUGCCAUUUUUAUAAAUAUUUAAAUAUCAGUACUUGGGAAAGAAAUGUAGAUGCCAUAAUCUGAAAGAUUUUUUUUUUUAAAGAUUUCAAUUAUUGUUACAUAUAUGGAUAUGAUCACAAUGUAUAUUUAAUUGUUUAAGAAUACAUACCGGUAUACAAGUGUAUUAGAAAAGCACCCAUACUACAUGUUUUCAUGUUCAUAUGCUAUUUCCAGUGGCUUCCUUCACUCUGUAUUGUCAUGGAUGUAGUAAUCAAAAUGUAUAUUAUCAAGCUUUACACAUGUAGCCUAGAAGAUGUAUAUGACAUUUUAUACUCCACUAAAAGUCCAUUAAAAAAAAAAAUCUUAAAAGUGAUAAAAAAGUAAACUGUAAAAUUUAUCGUGAAAAACAGAGAGUACAUAACAGUAUACAUACAAGCUACUUGCUGCAAUGGAGACCAUGUACUUCCUGGGGCCGUCAAUGAGAUAAAAAUGUGUCAAAGCAAAA